UCUUCUUCCACUACAGUAUAUAGUUAUAUAGUCCAAAAAAGAUUUUCCUUUUCUUUAAAAACUCUCAUCUUAGCAAGAAAAUUUGUACUCGCGUGAUUGCAAAUGGCUUCUUCCUACUUAUUGUAACCAGGGAGCAGAUAUCCUCUUUGGCUUCCUCACGCCUCUUCUCUCCCUUUCUCUUUCUACGGCCCCUUUCUGAAAGGGUAAAGAUUUCCAAGUUCUCCUCAACGCACAUGACUAUGAAAAUACAAAUAAGAUUUGAUGUUUGAAUAAGAAAAGCGAUCUGCUUUCUUUGAAAAAUCACUUCUUUUUCUUCCAAUCUGCGUUCAAGUUGUAGGUUUUAUAAAUUUUUUCUGUGUGAAGAGGUGAUGGCCGCGGUGGCAGAGAACGCGAUCGGCUCUGAAAACCAGUUCAUUCACAGCAAGGCCGCGACUUGUGACUCGGAAUCGGAGUAUCAGAGAGAUGUGAGGAAGUUGGUAGACCUUCUUUCUAAAUUGAAUCCUUCGGCGAAGGAGUUCUUUCCUUCUUGGAGAAAAUCCGAUGGCCGAUUAUCUGCAGAUGCGCCGGUCUUCGUCACUUCGGCCGAUUACUUUAACAGUGGUAAUGGGUUCAAUUACGGGAAUAGUAAUAAGGAUUCGAGCAGUGAUGGAUCGUCCAACAAUCAGCCGAUGAAUCGGAGGGGUUUUGGACAGAGGAGGAAUGGUUAUAACCAGGGGAGGAGAAGGAUGAACGAUAGGGCAAGGAGAGCUGAAAGGGAGGAAAGCAUCAGGCGAACUGUAUAUGUUUCUGAUAUUGAUCAAAAUCAGGUUACAGAAGAGCACCUUGCUGAAUUGUUUGCCCCUUGUGGUCAAGUAGUUGACUGCCGGGUUUGUGGUGACCCCCACUCGAUCCUUCGAUUUGCGUUUAUCGAGUUCGCUGAUGAGGAGGGUGCAAUGGUAGCCCUGAAUAUUGGAGGAACUCUACUAGGUUACUAUCCUGUCAAAGUCUUACCUUCAAAGACUGCAAUUUUGCCUGUGAAUCCUAAAUUUCUACCGAAGUCCAAUGAUGAAAGAGAAAUGGUUGUGAGGACGGUUUACUGUACUAAUAUUGACAAGAAGGUUACACAAUCAGAAGUAAAACAGUUCUUUGAGCAAGUCUGUGGUGAGGUUUCUCGGCUGCGACUCCUCGGCGAUAAUGUGCACUCCACUCGGAUAGCGUUUGUUGAGUUUGUCCAGGCUGAGAGUGCCAUUUUUGCUCUGAACUGUAGUGGCAUGUUUCUUGGAUCUCUUCAAAUUAGGAUUAGUCCAUCAAAGACGCCGGUGAGGCCGCGCAUCCCUCGAGCUGCAUCACACUAACCUCCUUAUUCAAAGCUGGAGCGAGAGCGACAUCAUCUUCGCGCCGCGGGAAUACUGUUGUUACAGAGAGCUUUUAAAUUUCGGCUCGAAGAAAAUCAAGUUUAUUUUAUUCCUUAGAACAUGUUCAUCUGCCAGUUAAGAAGUUCUUCUCUCUUAGCUACAGAAUUUUCACAUAGUCUUAUCUACUUUCUAUUUGUCUUAAUCUUUGGAAGUCAUCAGACCAUAGAAGGUGUCUGCAUUUGAUAAGCACUUAUCAGAACUUGCAUGGAAUUAAGCUAAUUAGAUAGCAGUUCCAUCAGUUGUUGAUGUUUGAACCAAACAUGGAUACUUUUGGCAAUUGCUUCCAAUUGAGCCAUUUAGAUUUU